AUGUCCACCCAAACAGUUUACCGGCUUGCUUCUCGAGGCAAGUUCGAGAACCUUCAGCCAGUCCAAGAGCCAAUCCCACAAGCAGGGAAAUAUGAGGUCCUUGUCAAAGUACGCAGCGUUGCCUUGAACUUUCGAGACAUCGCCAUAGCGAAGGAUAUAUUUCCACUCCCUGUCAAGGAGAAUCUUGUUCCUUGCUCCGACAUGGCUGGCGAGGUCGUACAAGUCGGAGAGGGCGUCAUAGAUUUCUGUAUCGGCGACCAUGUGAUAGCUCCGGUCAGUCUCAUCGUUCUAUAUGGCCCGGUCAAGGACGAAGAUCACAGCCUCGGUGGCUCUGUAGACGGUGUCCUGCGACAGUAUAUUGUAUUACCAGCACAUGCGACGGUUAAAUUGCCACAGUCCCCUCACACCUUCUCCGACUGGGCGGCCACAGUGACCACGGCGUACACUGUGUGGAAUGCUUUUUAUGGCUGUCAACCACUGAGGCCUGGCCAGACGGUCCUACUGCUUGGUACCGGUGGUGUAUCUCUCACUGGUCUCAUCUUUGCGAAAGCAGCAGGUGCGACCACAAUUAUCACAUCAUCUAGCGAUGCCAAGCUCAAUCAAAUUAAGCUGAAGUAUGGCGUCGACUAUACAAUCAACUAUAGAACGCAUCCAGACUGGGCGACGGAGGUGAAGAAAAUCACUGCAGGUCAAGGUGCUGACCACAUUUUAGAGGUGGGUGGAGUUGGCACGAUCGAACAGAGUCUUGAGUCCGUCGCCUGGGGUGGCGUUGUUUCCGUGAUUGGCUUUCUGAGCUCAUUGAUGGAUGACAAAAUGCCAAAUGUCACAUUUCAGACGCUGGCCAAAGGGGCGAUUCUUCGAGGUAUUCUGGCCGGAUCAAAACAACAACUGGAGGACGCUGCUAAGUUCAUUGGAAAGCAAAAUCUUUCAGUUCCAGUGGACAAAACGUUCCCCUUCACCCGAGAGGGUGUCAUCUCGGCCUUUGAGUUUGUCGCCUCUGGAAAGCAUGUUGGUAAAGUGUGCAUCAAUCUGGAUUGA